AUGCUGGAAAAGCGGCAGUGGCAGUGCAGGGAUGUACCAGCUCCCCCCCUUCCUCCUCCUCCUAGUUGCUAGGUCCCUGCCCUGCACUGUCUCCGUAUAAAAGCGUCACCACCCUUCCAGUUGAUCUCAGUCCCUGCCACUUGCAGAUCUAUCACCGAGCGGCCCUCCUCCCCUCAGAGCCCCGGGGUGGAGCGGGCAACCGUGAUGGCCACUGUGGUGGUGGAAAUAGACUCGGAGCCAUCUUGUAGCAUCCCCAACCCUACCUCGUCCAGCCUUUCACACCGCUUCCUGGACAACAAAUUUUACCUGUUGGUGGUUAUCGGCGAGCUGGUGACUGAGGAGCAUCUACGGCAGGCCAUCGCCAACAUCGAGCGAGGAAUCCGGUCAUGGGACACAAACUUGAUUGAGUGCAAUUUAGAUCAAGAACUGAAACUUUUUGUGUCUCGCCAUUCAGCUCGAUUCUCUCCUGAAGUUAAAGGUCGGAAAAUUCUUCACCAUACAAGUAAUGUCUUAGAAACUGUAGUCCUGAUCAAUCCCUCAGAUGAAGCAGUUAGUACUGAGGUGCGUUUAAUGAUCACAGAUGCUGCAAGACACAAACUCCUUGUACUAAGUGGACAGUGCUUUGAAAACACAGGAGAACUCAUUCUUCAGUCAGGGUCCUUUUCCUUCCAAAACUUCAUUGAGAUUUUCACGGAUCAAGAGAUUGGUGAAUUACUGAGCACCACCCACCCUGCUAAUAAAGCCAGCUUAACUCUUUUCUGUCCUGAGGAAGGGGACUGGAAAAAUUCUAACCUUGACCGACACAACCUUCAAGACUUUAUUAAUAUUAAACUCAACUCAGCUUCCAUAUUGCCUGAAAUGGAAGGACUCUCUGAAUUCACAGAGUAUCUGUCAGAAUCUGUAGAAGUACCAUCACCCUUUGACAUUUUGGAACCCCCAACCUCAGGAGGCUUUUUGAAACUCUCCAAACCCUGCUGUUAUAUUUUCCCAGGUGGAAGAGGGGACUCUGCAUUGUUUUCAGUGAAUGGAUUCAACAUGCUUAUCAAUGGAGGAUCUGAAAGAAAAUCUUGCUUUUGGAAACUUAUCCGACAUUUGGACCGGGUAGAUUCCAUUCUGCUCACUCACAUUGGAGAUGAUAACUUGCCAGGAAUCAAUAGCAUGCUUCAGCGAAAGAUAGCCGAAUUAGAAGAGGAACAGUCCCAAGGGUCUACUACCAACAGUGACUGGAUGAAAAAUCUGAUCUCACCUGAUUUAGGAGUUUUAUUUCUUAAUGUACCUGAGAACCUGAAGAACCUGAAUCCUAACUUUAGAAUAAAAAGUAGUAUAGAAGAAGCUUGUUGUACUCUCCGGUAUUUAAAUAAACUGUCUAUGAAACCAGAACCUCUUUUCAGAAAUGUAGGAAAUACCAUUGACCCCAUCAUUUUAUUUCAGAAAAUGGGGGUUGGCAAACUUGAGAUGUAUGUGCUCAAUCCUGUCAAAAAUAGCAAAGAGAUGCAAUACUUUAUGCAACGGUGGAGUGGUACUAGCAAAGAUAAAGCUGAAUUUCUGCUACCAAAUGGCCAAGAACUAGACAUUCCAUUAUCCUAUUUCACUUCUGUCUCAUCCCUGAUUGUGUGGCAUCCAGCUAAUCCUACAGAAAAAAUAAUCCGAGUUCUAUUUCCUGGAAACAGCACCCAAUAUAAUAUUCUAGAAGGAUUAGAAAAACUCAAACACUUAGAUUUCCUUAAACAACCAAUAGUUACACAAAAAGACCGAACUGUAAACAUUGCUAGUCUGGCUGUGAAACAAGAAAAGGUGAAACAACGAACAGACAGCAAAGAGAAUCUCAAGCCUGCUGCAAAGACACCACCAAGCAAGAUAGUCAGAAAAGAAUCUAAAGAAGAAACACGGGAGCCUGCAAAGCCCAGUCCAGCACUGGAAAAGACUCAGAAAUUAGAAAGCAAAGAAAAAGUUCCAGUUAAAAAAGAGAAACCAGCCAAAACAGAGACCAAACCUAUAGUGACAGAAAAAGAUGGAACAAGCAAAGAAGAGCAAAUAGUGAAAUCUGAAACUCCUGAAAAACAAGUUACAGAUGUAAAAUCAAAAGUGGCAAAGGAGAAGACAGUGAAAAAGGAAGUCAAAACAAAACCUGAAGAAAAGAAAGAGGAAAAGGAAAAAACAAAGAAAGAGAUUUCUAAAAAAGAGGAGAAAAUACUUAUCAAAAAAGAGGAAAAACAGAAAAAAGAAGAGAUCAAGAAAGAAGUUAAAAAAGAUGUGAAAAAGGAAGAGAAGGAAAGUAAAAAGGAAGUAAAGAAAGAUGCUCCACCAAAGGAAGCUAAAAAAGAAGCGAAGAAGGAACUUAAGAAGGAAGAAAAAGAAGCCAAAAAGGACAUCAAAAAGGUUUCUAAAGAAGCAAAGAAGACAACUGGUCUUUCAACUGAAGCCAAAAAGCUAGCAGCAAAGCCUAAAUCACAAAAGAAGGAGGAGCCUGUUAAAAAGGAAGCAGUACCUGCUGGAAAGCCAAAGGAAAAAGGAAAAAUUAAGACUGUGAAGAAGGAGAUCAAAUUCAGUGGAGCACAAGUUGCCCUUGUAGCAGUUGGAACUACUGCCACAACUGUAACAGCUGUAGCAGCUGCAGAAAUUACAGGUAGUGGAAAAGAACUUGAAGUGGAAAGAUCCCUUAUGUCUUCACCAGAGGAUUUAACAAAGGAUUUUGAAGAAUUAAAAGCUGAAGAAGUAGAAACAAUAAAAGAAACAAAACCUCAGGUUGCAUUCAUAGAGGAUGAACUGAAACUCACUGGCAAAGAACAAAAAGAGGCCUUUGAUUCCCAAAAAGAAAAAUUAGAAAAUGAAGGACCUUCAGAGUCCUCUGAUGAAGGUAUAACAACCACAGAGGCUGAGUGUGAACAGACACCUGAAGAAUUGGAACCAGUGGAAAAGCACAGGGUUGAUGACAAUGAAAAAUUUAAAGAUGAGGGAGCUGGCUUGGCAGAAUCAUCUGAAGUGGAAGAUUAUGAGGAAAAGGCAGAGACAGAAGAUGCUGAAGAACAAGGUGAAGAUGAGGAAGAAAAGACAUCAUUGGACACCACAAAACUAUACAUGGAAGAAGCAAGAAUAAUGGAAGAGAGUUCAGAAGAAAUAAUGGUCAAAGCAGAUGCUAGCAUUAAAGAUGAAAAAUAUAUUGAAAAGGCAGAUUAUGAGGCAUCAGGUGAACAAUAUGAAGAAGACAGGGAAGAAGCAGUAGAAAAGGCAGAAACUAAAGAAACUGAGGAAGAGGAGGAAGACAAAACAGAAGAUAAAGAAGAUACUGAAAAAAUAGAAGCUAAAGAAGAUUAUGUGAUGGCUGUUGUAGACAAAGCUGCAGAAGCUGGUGAAGUUGAAGAUAAAUAUGGCCUACUCAUAAUUACACCAACAAAAUGCUCAGAGCCUCAGUCUCCAGCAGUUGAACUGGCCUCACCAAUCCAUGAUGAGACAUUACCAGGUAAUUCAGAAAGUGAAGCUAUUGUUUCUGAUGAAGAAAAUAGAGAUCAACCUGAGGAAUUCACUGCUAUUUUGGGUUAUACACAGUCUACUACCGAAAUACCCAGUGAACCAACUUCAAUGGAUGAAAUGUCUACACCCCGGGAUGUCAUGAGUAAUGAAACUAACAAUGAGGAAAGUGACUCAACUUAUCAGGAGUAUGCGAACAUCACCAAGUAUGAGACAUCACUAUACUCUCAAGACUUUGGUAGACUUAAGCUUUCUACACUUCUGGAUGCUUUUAAUGGAUUAUCUGAAGGAACCAAAACAGAGGCCACAGAAGGUAGAGACUAUAAUGCCUCAGCUUCUACCAUCUUGCCACCUUCUUCAUUAGAGGAAGACAAAUUCUGCAAAUCUGCAUUCCAGGAUGUAUACUGGCAAAAAGAAAAUGAAACCCAAGGCACUACUAAAUUAGAAAUCAAAGAAACCUGUUCAGAAAAUGUUGGUGGAAAAUGUAGUCCAGCCAAGAGUCCAUCUGAGAAUUUGUCUCCUCUAUCACCAGUUGUCAAAACACCACUGAGUGAAUGUAGUGUGAACUUUUCACUUACUCCCAAUGAGAUCAAGGUCUUGGCUGAGAAUGUCCCCAUUGCUACAUUGCCUGAUGUACAUCAAGAAGUUGCCAAAGAGCACUGUGCAAGCCUUGAAGAUAUAACAUUAGAAGUAGUAUCUCCCUCACAGUCUGCUGCUGGUAGUGCUGGCCACACACCUUAUUAUCAGUCUCCCACUGAUGAAAAAUCCAGUCAGCUUCCCUCUGAAACCAGUGAAAAGUCAACAGAAGCUCCAGUUAGCUUUGAAUUCAGUAAAGUCAUAGAUGAGUCUUCAAAACCCAUAAUAAGCCCUAUGGAUGAACCUGUGCCAGAUUCAGAAUCUCCUAUUGAAAAGGUUCUCUCGCCUCUACAGAGUCCACCACUGAUAGGUUCAGAGACCACUUACGAUACAUUUUUGAGUGAUGAUGUAAAGUGUCCCACCAGAGAUUAUGGAAGUCCCUCUAAGGGAAUACCUGAAAAAGAAAAAACACCUGUUCAGAUGAGCCCAGCUUCUGAAGGCAGCUCUGUGGGCCUUUGCCAAGAAAAAAAAGAUGAAAAAAGCAUGGAGUUUAUGGUAAUUAAGGAAAGCUUCAGCCUAGAAAGGAAAGUGGAGGAUACAGAACCCAGCAACUCUCAGUCUUCAUUGGUCUUGGAUGACCAGAAGUUAACAGGUGAUCUCUCACCUACUCAAAUAGAUAUCAGUCAGUUCAGUUCUUUAAAAGAAGACACCAAAAUGUCAAUUUCUGAAGGCACUGUUUCUGACAAAUCUGCAACUCCUGUUGAUGAGGUUAUAGCAGAAGACACCUAUUCCCAUAUAGAAGGAGUAGCUUCUGUCUCUACAGCAUCUGUUGCUACUAGUUCAUUUCCAGAACCAACUACUGAUGAUGUAUCUCCUUCUUUGCAUGCUGAGGUUGGAUCCCCCCACUCUACAGAAGUUGACGAUUCCUUUUCAGUGUCAGUUGUACAAACACCAACAACGUUUCAGGAAACAGAAAUGUCUCCGUCUAAGGAGGAGUGCCCAAGGCCUAUGUCGAUUUCUCCACAAGAUUUCUCACCUAAAACUGCAAAAUCAAAAACCCUUAUGCAUGAUCACAGAUCUCCUGAUCAGUCAGUAGAAUUUGGUCAGGAGUCCCCUGAGCAGUCUUUAGCAAUGGACUUUAGUAGGCAAUCUCCAGAAUAUCCUACUGUAGGCAUAAGUAUACACCAUAUAUCUGUAAAUGGACCAACAGAAGUAGAUUAUAGCCCUUCAGAUAUACAGGAGGCAACUUUUGCACAGAUUUCCCCUGUGGAGCAGACAUCUUACUCUCAGGAGAAGGAUAUUUCAGAAAUUAUUUCAGUUUCUCAAACCGAAGCUUCAUCUUCAACUUCAUCAGCUCAUACACCUUCCCAGGUAACUUCACCACUGCUAGAGGAAACUUUUUCAGGUGCUGUUUCACCCAGAGAUAUGUCACUACAUUCUUCUUUUACCUCAGAAAAGGUACUGAGCCUAGGAGAAAGGCUGUUUCCAAAGUCUGACCCAUCUCCACUAACUCCAAGGGAAUCUUCUUCUCUAUACUCUCCUAGUUUUCCAGAUUCACCUCCUGUAAUCACAGAAGUAGUUUCAGCUAGUUACACAUCUUCAUUGUCACUGCAAGUGUCCUCUGACAAAGCAUUUGGUAAACAGGCUGUCAUAUUACGGGAACCUCUAACAAAGCACAGCCCAGAACUUUUAUUCAACCCAGAAAAAAUAGAUUCACCGAUAAGCAGUAGGUCACCAGAAGAGCUUAGUUAUUCUUAUGAGGCCACAGAGAAAACUACUAGGUCACCAGAGGAUAUUAGCUACUCCUAUGAGGCAGUUGGAAAAUCUACUAGAUCAUCUCAGGCCACAGAUUAUUCCUAUGAGACAACAGGGAAAACCACCAGAUCACCUGGGACCAUAGAUAUUUCCUAUGAGAGAAUUAGGAAAGCUAACAGAUCACUUGAUGCUAUGGAUUCUUCCUAUGAGACAACAGGGAAAACCACUAAGUCACCAGAAGCCAUUAGCUACUGCUAUGAGACAACUGGGAGAACCACCAAGUCACCAGAGACCAUGGCUUACUCCUAUGAAAUAACUGGGAAAGCCACCAGCUCACCUGAAGUUAGUAGCUAUUGCUAUGAAGCAAGUGUACAUCUUACUCCAGGAAAAUCAUUAGCAGAAUCUUGUCAGGAUGUUGAUUUAUGUCUUGUGUCCUCCUGUGAAUAUAAACAUCCUAAAACUGAACUUUCACCUUCAUUUAUCAACCCAAAUCCCCUUGAGUGGUUUGCAAUGGAACAGUUUAAAGAUCAAGAAAAGCCAUUAACUCAGUCUGGGGGAGCCCAUCCACCUUCUGGGGGAAAGCAGCAAGAGUGUCAGUGUGAUGAAACCCCUCCCACAUCAGUGAGCGAUUCUGCCCCAUCUCAGACUGAUUCAGAUGUUCCCCCUGAGACUGAGGAAUGUCCUUCCAUCACUGCAGAUGCUAACAUUGACUCAGAAGAUGAAUCAGAAACCAUUCCAACAGACAAGACAAUUGCAUACAAACACAUUGACCCACCACCUGUCCCAAUUCAGGAUCACAGCCCUUCCCCUAGGCACCCUGAUGUCUCCAUGGUUGAUCCAGAGGCUUUGCCAGUCGAUCAGAAUUUGGGUAAAACUUUGAAGAAGGACCUCAAAGAAAAGACAAAACCAAAAAAGCAGGGCACUAAGACCAAGUUGUCUUCUUCUGUUAAAAAAAGUGAUGGUAAAUCAAAGCAAGCGGCUUCACCAAAACCAGAUGUAAGAGAUUCUUUAGACAAAAAUUCCCAAACAGAUUCUCCAAAAAAGGAGUUUGUGGAGAAGAGAACCAAAAAUAUCUCUAAUCCAGAUGUAAAGUCCCAAGUGGAAGAGAAAGAUAAGGAUACCAAGAAUGCAACAAAUACAACAGCAUCCAAGUCAACAAAGACUGCAACCACAGGAUCUGGGAAUACUAAGUUGGCAAAAUCUAUGGUGGUGCCUCCAGGACCUCCAGUGUAUUUGGAUCUGGUGUAUAUUCCCAACCACAGCAAUAGCAAGAAUGUCGACAUUGAGUUUUUCAAGAGGGUGCGGUCAUCCUACUAUGUGGUGAGCGGGAAUGAUUCUACAGCCGAGGAACCAAGCAGGACUGUUCUGGAUUCCCUGCUGGAGGGCAAAGCCCAGUGGGAGAGUAACAUGCAGGUGACCUUAAUCCCAACCCAUGACUCAGAAGUGAUGAGGGAAUGGUACCAAGAGACCCAUGAGAAACAGCAGGACCUCAACAUCAUGGUUUUGGCAAGCAGCAGCACUGUUGUCAUGCAAGAUGAAUCUUUUCCCGCAUGCAAAAUUGAACUGUAAGAAUGAGACCAUGUACCACAACAUUAAACUUUGUUUCCAGAAAUUCUUCAGUUUGAAAACACCUUUUAUAAAAAUUAAACCCACCUAUUUUAGCUGCUGAACUAUAUACCUGCCAAAUGCUUUACUGUGUCACAAUGAUGUAAGUCACUAAUAUUUUUCAGUCUUUGAUAAUUACUAAGGGAAAUGACAGUAUUCCCACAGUAGGAUUCAUAGUACUGUGACAAUACAGAUCCAGUUUCAUCUCCUCUGAAUGUUUGGAAAGCAUGCACUAGCAACUCCAACUGACUUCCGUCAGAUAGGCAUUUGCCCUCUAAAGAAACACAAAGAGAGAGAAAAAGAGAGAGGGUUAGGAGGAGAAAGUAAUAAAAAAUUAGAUCUGCGUUAGUCUCAUGGCAACAGAUGUAUCGCUUGCUGCAGUUUGCUUAUGCUCUCACAUGAAAAGACAGUUUUUUAAAUUUGUAUCAUUCUGAGCUAUAGCAAAGGGAGUCCUUACUUUACAGAAUUGUUAGCUGGAAAAUAAGAAGCGGCAGAAUGUGGCUGGGAAGGGAUGUACAACCUAAACUCUCAUUAGCAGUUUUCCACUUUAAUUUGAACUCUGCAUACUGACAUACCAUAACAAUCACAGGCCAAAUAUACACAUAGUCUGAACCCCAUUCAGAAAUUUAAAACUUUCCUUUCAACAUGCAGAACUGUUGGUCUAAGGCAUGCUCCCAGUGAAAAUACACUUACGCCACUCAGAACUGACCAGUCCACAUGCUUAAACAGUCAUGUCAACUGUUGAUUGACUGAAGUAAAAUACCAAAGCAGUUAGAAGUACAUACAGUAUACAAUUUGCCUUAGAACGUGACUUCAAUGUAUAAAGAAACUUGCACUUAUUUUUUACUGUUGAGACAUCAAAUUUAUAAAACAUCUGUGUAGGAUCAUAGUUACACCAGUAAAGUGUGAGUGUGCAUGUAUGGUACUAGAAACCUAUCUGACUAGUCAAACAGCUUGGUGCUAUGAAUUACAUAUGUUAGUUAUGUGUGCACUUCAUUGAUGCACCUGGACAGCUCAACAAGGCAAGACAAGCAUUUUUUACAAAGUUUCUUUUGUAUUGUGGAAGCAAGAUUGAAGUGGUGUCCACUAUGAGAGUUGCAAAACUUAGCAAAACAUUCAGGAUGAUGAAAAAGGUUACCUGCAAGUCUGUACAGUAUUAAACCUUCCUUGGUUUUACCUUGUUUUAUUUGUUUAAUUUAAGAGUGAAUGGGUGUGUUGGGUCUGGAAUAAAUGUACAGAAACCUUUCUUUUAGUGCUGCAUGAACUUUUAAUAGAUGAACUUUUAACAAAAGUCUUAAUUUACAGGAAAAUGCAAAGAAAAAAAUCAGGUAAAGGCAAAUUUUUCUUAGUAGUUUUGUAAGAUAAAUGAAUAAUUUGUUUAAGGUUCUAGUAAGAAUGGAUAUUGAGGUAAAAUUUAUUGAAAAUAGUCAACUACCAAUACCUUGCAGUGGGGGGCACCCUGGUGGUAAAAUUAACCUAUUGAUGAUAACAGAAAAUGGGAUUUGAAAUGUUGAUUGCCUAAUAUUUACAAGGGUGUAGCCUACAUUCUAAACCCUCACAAGAUCUUGAAAAAAGAUACAAUAAACUAAAACAAGUCUUUCCUUUCCUUUCCUUUCCUUUCCUUUCCUUUCCUUUCCUUUCCUUUCCUUUCCUUUCCUUUCCUUUCCUUUCCUUUCCUUUCCUUUCCUUUCCUUUCCUUUCCUUUCCUUUCCUUUCCUUUCCUUUCCUUUCCUUUCCUUUCCUUCCUUUCUCCCCUUCCUUACCUUCUUAAGACUGCUUGCAGAGGAAACAGCAUAUAGAACAGUUCCAUGAUUUAAAAUAGUCUGGAUUUUUUUAAUCUCAGAAGUUUUACCCCAAUAAAAACAUAUUGUUACAUCGUAGAAGGUUUGUGAACUGGAAUUUGAAGAAUGUACAAAAGCCUCCAAAAUGGAGAUAUGUGCUGGCCUGUAUGAUUCACCCUUAUGGCUGGUAUUAAGUUUCACAGUGUAGUGGACUAUGACCUCAUUUUAUUUUAGUUACUUAUAAUUUAUUUCAAAUUUACAUUCUUUAGGAUAUUUUUAUUUAAUAGGCAUAUGUUUGCACUCCUAAUUUUUGUGAUUUUUUUUAAAUAUAUACUGCUUUACAACCCUUUAAAUGUGGGCUCUUGAGGCCUAUUUAAUACUGUAAAUUACUGUUUGUCAGGUGUUGGGAUUUUCAAUUUAUUUUUAACAUUAUCUUUUUUUUGGUGUCUCUAGCAAUACUGCUUUAUUAAGCUUUUAAGUUGUAAAGAAUAACUCAGAAUGACUAUGGCACAGAAGACAGAUGGAAAUGUAUUGUGAAAUUAAGCAUUUUUUCUGGGCUUAUAAUCAUUAACUUAAAAUUGCCUUUGUAAUAUGUAGACUGCAAAGCUAUAUUUCUGCAAUUCUUUCUGUUUUGUCUACUUUCUUACAUAGGUAAGAUUUCAAACUUUUUGAGUGGGUAGGAACAGAUUUUCUGACAAUAUCUGAAAUGUUUUAUACCUCUGCUUUAAUAGAAAAUCUGUUUUAAGUACAGCAGUGAUCCAGAGACUAAUCUAACUUAUGCCAAUGUGAAUCAGGAAAAAUUUCACUGCAAUCAGAGAAGUUACAGUCAUUUGGUCCUACUGUAAAUUAAAUUAGAAUCAAGCCUUAAAUCUCCCCAAGUAAGUUUGUGAUGACUUAAGCAUUUGUUUUACUUUAAAAAAAAAAAAAGUAGUUAAAACCGAUCUUAAAAUGUACAUUCAUUUUUUGCUACUACAAUAAUAUUAAAAAAACCGUCUGGCUCUUCUGAGGUAUUGUAAUGCCUAUUCCAUCUAUUCCCUUUUAAAUGGCAACUGUGUCUGGGUGUAACACAGUGAUGAACUCCUCCAUUAGCUUCUUUUACCCUUAAUGUCUUUACUGCCUGUGGAACUAAUCUAACUGUGCUAGUUAUAAUACUACACGAUUAACUUAGUAGCAGUCAUCAAAAUGUACUGUGUACAUUAACGAUGAGUGCUGUUGAUCAGCGUAGAUUUCUAGGAGCAUGGUUUGUUAUUGAUUAAUUAUAAAAAAUCAGUAUUUGAGUGCAAAGGACGCUCAAUUUAAACUAUGGUAUUAUACAUAAUAGCAUGCCCAGUCAUGAUCUUUAUGCUAUUACUAUACUCUUUCAUAAAAUUAAAUGAAGAAUUAACUUUAGAAAUCACCUUCCACUCCUGAACUUGGACAGGGUCUCUCUUGCAUGCCUUUUCCAAGUCCUGUGGUGGGCCUAACUUCAUUGACCUCAACUUUUCACCCCAUCUUUUAUAGAAUUCAUUUUUGAUUUUUUAAAAUUAUCUUACAUACUGUGGUGAAUGGAGGUAACUGUGUAUAUAAUUAUUUUUAAUUGUCUACAAUAGCUUAUGCAUUUUAGGACAGUUCUGGUACUCAUUUACUAAUAUUUAAUCAAUUUGUUGAAUUUUCAAUCUCUCCCACCGCAAGCAAGUCAGCUCCACAGAGCACUUAAUGUGCAUUUGGGACAUUUUUGUCAUAUGCUUCACUUUGCUCAUCUGUUGCCAGAGGUUCUUGUUCAAUAAUGAUGUUUUGAGACAAAUAGUAAUUUUGCUGGUCUGGGCUUAUUAGAAAAGGAAAAAGUAUAAUGUUUGCACUUGAAAGAAACUGUAAGCUUUCAUCUUCACAUAAUUGAACAAAACACUAAAAGCAACUGGGGUAAGCAUUUCUUAGAAUGCAGUUAUUUUGUUCACCUGGUUUAAAAAUGUUUGCUGUUUAAAAAUAAAAAAAAAAAAGUCUGUUUAUUGUGACUAAAAUAAAUAAAUAAAUAAAUAAAUAAACCAACAAAAAAUACUGAAAGGAGAAAAAAGGAAGGAAAAAAAUAAAAAGCUUCUCUGCACUAGAUGGUGGGAGCUAUCUGUUCAAGACUGAGCUGUAAUCACAAAUGAAAAAGAACAAAUCUGAAAUAUGUUUUCACGCAUUUGCAUGUGGCCAUUAUUUUCUAAGCUAUGGAAAGAAAGAGUCUUGUUGCUGUCUGAGAAGCACUUCACACACUUCCUCUCUCUUGUUCUGAACGGUGUUUGUGUAGGUCUGCAGCUGUGUCUGGUAUUAUGUCUUAUAAUCCUGAAUCACUUAUAUUCUAUCCAGUCAUAUCUACCAUAGAAAAGUAGUUUCCAGUGAAAGUAAUAUGUAGUGCUUUUAUGAUAUUUGUGUGCAAUAUCUGCUCUUCCACUGAGGAUAUUUGAUGUAAAGGAAACAAACUCAGUUCCACAAUAAAAUACAAAAGUGGUAAA